GUCCAAAUAAACAUCAAUCAGCUGUGACGUGUUUGCAAUCGAAUUCUCGAUUUGUUGUGACCAGCUCUGAUGAUGGGACCGUUAAAUUGUGGGAUGUUAAAACUGGAGAUUUUAUACGCAAUUUAGUAGCACUGGAUUCAGGUGGUUCUGGCGGAGUUGUAUGGAGAAUAAGGGCAAAUGAUACAAAGUUAGUGUGUGCAGUUGGAUCACGUAAUGGAACUGAGGAAACAAAAUUAAUGGUUUUGGAUUUUGAUGUUGAGGGGGCCUGUGUAAAGUGUUCAUAGAAAAAAAAUUUAGAAAAAAUUAAUUUGAUUGAAAUGCCACCUCUAAAGAAUGCGUUUAAAAUAAGUGUGUGUUUAAUAAUGUAUCUUCCAAAUCGAACCAUCCCUAUCUAACAUAGUUAUUUUUUUCUUCAUUGAAGAAUGUUAUUAAAUUAAAAGGU